GAGCCCAGCAGCUGGUCCGAGCACCAUGUCUGCCUACAGCACCGAGGUCCAGCUGGCCACCAGCCUGCUGUGCAGCAGCAGCGGAGCCAUGCAGAUGCUGCAGCUGCACCGGAAGCUGCUGCAGCGCUGCAGCAUCACCGAGGAAGAGUUCUGCUUCAUCAUCAGCCGGUGCUCCCGCUUCCUGCUGGUAGGGGAGCGGCUGGAGGACCGCGCGGUGGUCGCCAGGACGUCCCUGCGGCUGUGCAGCGGCUACGGCGGGGGGAAGUGCGGCGGGGGGGGCUGCCAGCAGCUGCACCUCUGCAAGUUCUUCGUCUACGGGAACUGCAGGUUCGCCAAGGGCAGGAAGUCGUGUAAAUUCUCCCACGACAUUUACUCUGAUCACAACUACGGAUUACUGAGAGAGUGCACGCUGCACGAGCUCAACGAAGACCAGCUGUUCCUGCUGCUGCUGCAGAACGACCCCGCUCUCCUGCCAGAGGUAACACAACUGACACACACCUGGACCGCCUGA